AUGGACUGCCAUCAACUUCUUCCUAAGGACGACCUUAACGCCGCUCCUUCCACCCUCCAGCUUCUCCAGAACUUCACCAAUCUCCCCAUGGUCGGAAAACCCCUAUACGGCGUCGUUUCCGACGCCGUCUACAUCGGAGGCUCCCAUGAUCAGGGGACUGCUGGGGCUAGGGUUCUGUGUGUAGGGGUUCAGGGUUUCUUUUCCAUGAUACCAUUAAAGUUGGCUCCUGCCAGGGUGAUCAUCAAAGGGGUUGCGUUGACACAGAGAAGGUGGCUCUUCUCAAGUUCAAACAAGGCCUCACAGAUACAUCGGAUCGGCUCUCAUCUUGGGUCGGGGAAGACUGCUGCAAAUGGAGAGGCGUGGUCUGCAACAACAGGAGCCGUCAAGUUCAUUGGUUCGUUGGAGAAGUUGAGAUAUCUCAAUCUCUCUGGUGCAUCCUUCGGUGGACCUAUUCCUCCACAACUUGGAAAUCUUUCCAGCCUGCACUACCUUGAUCUCAAGGAAUACUUCGAUGAGUCAAACCAGAAUGAUCUUCAUUGGAUAUCGGGUCUUACUUCGUUAAGACACCUUAAUUUAGGAGGUGUAGAUCUAAGCCAGGCUGCAGCUUAUUGGCUUCAAGCUGUUAGCAAGCUUCCUUCUCUUUCCGAGUUGCACCUACCUGAUUGUGCACUUGCAGACCUUCCUCCCUCUCUUCCAUUUUCCAAUCUGAUCACAUCUCUUUCAAUCAUCGAUCUUUCCAACAAUGGUUUCAACUCCACAAUACCCCACUGGUUAUUCCAGAUGAGGAAUCUUGUGUAUCUAGAUCUCAGUUCCAACAAUCUACGAGGCUCAAUUCUUGAUGCUUUUGCAAACGGGACUUCUAUUGAAAGAUUAAGAAACAUGGGUAGUCUGUGCAAUUUGAAAACAUUGAUCCUCUCUCAGAACGAUUUGAAUGGGGAAAUAACUGAACUGAUUAAUGUUUUAUCUGGGUGCAACAGCAGUUGGUUAGAGACGCUGGAUCUGGGCUUCAAUGAUCUAGGUGGUUUUCUUCCUAAUUCCCUAGGAAAACUCCAUAACUUGAAGUCUCUUUCGCUUUGGGAUAACUCCUUUGUAGGCUCCAUUCCGAGUUCAAUUGGAAACUUAUCGUAUUUGGAAGAACUGUACCUCUCAGAUAACUCAAUGAAUGGGACCAUCCCUGAAACUCUUGGACGACUUUCCAAGUUGGUAGAGAUAGAGCUAUCUGAGAAUCCUCUGACGGGAGUCGUAACAGAGGCUCAUUUUUCAAAUCUUACAAGUUUAAAGCAGUUUUCAAACUACAGAGGGACUCCAAGAGUUUCCCUGGUUUUUAAUAUCAAUCCUGAGUGGAUUCCUCCCUUUAAACUCAGCUUCCUCAGAAUAAGAUCAUGCCAAUUGGGUCCCAAGUUUCCCGUAUGGCUUAGAAAUCAAACUGAGCUCACCGAUGUAGUGCUCAAUAAUGCUGGGAUCUCAGACAGCAUACCAAAGUGGUUUUGGAAGUUGGAUUUGCAUCUUGAUGAGCUGGACAUCGGUUCUAAUAACCUGGGUGGCAGGGUGCCAAACUCAAUGAAGUUUCUUCCUGACUCCACCGUUGAUUUGAGUGAAAACAACUUUCAGGGGCCUUUGCCACUAUGGUCAUCCAACGUGACGAAACUGUAUUUGAAUGACAAUUUCUUUUCUGGCCCAAUCCCUCUGGAGUAUGGUGAAAGAAUGUCCAUGCUGACAGAUCUAGAUCUCUCCAGUAAUGAUCUAAAUGGCACCAUUCCCCUCUCCUUCGGGAAACUAAAUAAUUUAUUGACCCUUGUCAUCUCAAACAAUCAUUUGGAGGAAUUCCAGAGUUUUGGAAUGGUUUACCUUACCUCUAUGCCAUAG